AUGACACUUGCCGUAACUGCAAGGAAUUUGUUGAGAUUUACAACCACAAAUGUUACAUUCAACAUGUUGAAGAUAUCGAGGAUGAUGAGGAUGACGAGGAAAAGAAACUUUCCCCUCUCACCGUAUUUGCAGACAUUGAAUGUUUGAUAGAACCUACAGAGCAGGGAAAGCAGCUAUUCGUGGCUGAUUUAAUUCGUUAUGCUUCCGAAGAAGAUCCAGCCAGCGUAUCCCAUGCGUUUAGUGGCGAAACAUGCAUUCAACAUUUCAUUGAUGCUAUGAAUGAAUUAUCCGAAGUGGGAGACAAACAGCGAGAUUUAUUUGUAAUUUUUCACAACCUCAAAGGGUUUGAUAGCAACUUUAUCAUUGAGGAACUUUACCGUCAAGGAAUCAAAGUCGAAAACCAACUGACCACAGGCGCCAAAACAUUGAAGUUUCAUUACUGGUAUAUGGAUGCCACGAUUACCUUCAAAGAUUCGCUGUGUUUUCUCCCCAUGCCACUAGCAGAGUUGCCUGAAACAUUCAAUUUCGUGGAGCUCCAUAAAGGUUUCUUUCCGCAUGCGUUCCCUACAAGAGAGAAUUUAUCUUACAGAGGUCGUCUACCAGCAAAGCAGUAUUUUCAACCACAAGCCAUGAAACACAAGAAACGAAAGGAGUUUGAAAAUUGGUACGAGAGGGAAUUGGCAAGACAAGACGACUAUGUCCUCUGGGAGGAGUUAAACAAAUAUUGCCAUUCGGAUGUGAUGGUCCUCAAAGCUGCCUGCCUAAAGUUUAAAGAAGAAUUUGAAGAAGAAGCGGGGUUUAAUCCUUUUGCAAAAUGUGCAACCAUUGCCUCUGCAUGCAAUUUAUUCUGGAGACGAGAACUCAUCCAAGAUGAUACCAUUGCGAUAGAACCCUUGAUCGGUUGGCGUGGCGCGAAUGUAAAUCAGAGCACAGCAGCUCUAGAAUGGUUGUGUUUUGAAGAUUUCAAACUAGGAGGAAACAAAAUACGCCAUGUAAGGAAUGGUGGGGAGCAAAAGGUGAUUGCCCAAGGCGAGGCCCUGUUUGUUGAUGGCUAUGAUGACACCACCAAAACGGUCUACGAAUUUCACGGCUGCUUUUUUCAUGGAUGUAUCAAAUGUUUCCCCAACCAUCGUUACAGAAAGCACAACUGCCAUCCAGAUCGCACCAUCUCAGAAAUUUAUGAAGCCACCUGCAAAAAGACACAGAAGUUACGUAACGCUGGCUAUACAGUGAUUGAAAAAUGGGAGCAUGAUUUUGAGAUUGAGAAGAAGACGCACCCCAAUCUGAUCGAAUUUUUGAAGACCUUUCAGCUGUCUGAGCCAUUGAGCCCUAGAGAUAGCUUCUUUGGUGGUAGAACCAAUGGAGUGCGUUUACAUUGUGUUGCAGCAGCAGGAGAAGAAAUUCGCUAUGUAGACAUCAAUUCGCUUUACCCGUACGUCAACAAAACAAAAACAUAUCCAGUGGGUCACCCUGAGAUUUUGGUCAAUCCAACAAAUCAAAAUGUUGGCAGUUACUUUGGCAUAGCAAAAGUUACGAUUCUCCCACCACCCCAUCUGCAUCACCCGGUACUCCCAGUUCAUAUUGGUGGCAAACUCAUGUUUCCCCUCUGUACACAAUGUGUAAAAGAAGAGCUGGAAAAACCAUGGCUAACUCGUACAGCGGUUUGCACCCACUCUGAGCAGGAACGUUGUAUCACAGGCACCUGGUGUACUCCAGAGUUGCAGAAAGCAGUGGACUUGGGCUAUAGGAUUCUGAAAAUUCACGAGGUGUGGAAUUUUCCACAAAAUCAACGCAAAGAGGGGUUGUUUGCAGACUACGUCAAUAAAUGGCUGAAAAAUAAAACAGAGGCAUCGGGCUGGCCCAAGAAUUGUACCACAGAGGCAGCAAAGUCAGAAUACAUCAAUGCUUACUAUGACCGUGAAGGUGUGCAGCUGGAGCAUGCAAAAGUAGCAAAAAAUGGGGGACGGAAACAAGUGGCAAAACUUAUGUUGAACUCGUUAGUAUCUUUUGUUUCGUAGCAUUUUACUUUGCAGGAUGAAAAUCGUUGAAUACUUAAUCUUAUGUCUUUUCUAUUUGCUUUUCCAGCUUCUGGGGCAAAUUUGGUGAAAGACAAAACAAGACUCAAACCUUUACCGUCACAAGUCCUGCAGAGCUAUAUGCAAUAAUAGAAGAUGUUGGUAACAACAUACACGACAUACGAAUUUGCACUGAUGAUAUAGUAGAAAUUGAUGUCAGUAAAGCUGUAGAAGAGGUCAUUCCAAGCAAUAAAACCAACAUUUUUAUCGCAAGUUUCACCACGUCAUGGGCUCGCUUAGAGUUGUACAAGUAUUUACGGCUGCUGAAACAGCAGGUCCUAUACUUUGAUACAGACAGCAUCAUUUAUCUUUGGCGUAACGGUUUACCCGAAGUGGAGACAGGCCCGUUUUUGGGUCAGAUGAAAGACGAAACCGCUGGCGUACCCAUACAGGAGUUUGCGACAGGGGGUCCAAAAAAUUACACUUACAUGCUACAAAAUGGUGAAACAGAAUGCAAAAUACGCGGUUUUACUCAGGAUGAGCAGGGCAGUGCUCUGUUGAAUUUUGAGUCCAUGAAAAACAACAUUUUAGGUGCAAUCAACAACCCAGGGAAUGCACCACACCCCAUUGCAGUACCAGUAAGCAUCAACAUGGAAACAAAUAGAACCAACAAGAAAAUCUGUCUUACACCCAAAGUUAAGAAUUAUCGCCUUGUCUUUGAAAAACGAGUGAUUAACCCAGUGGACUGUAGCAGCAGGCCUUAUGGCUAUGAUUGGAUAGGCCAACACACCUGA